AUGGCUUCAUCCAGUGCCACUCCGCAAGGAACCACCAUUUUCGAAUUAAACAAUGGCCAAAAGGUACCAGCCCUCGGCUUCGGUGCCAUGAAAAAAGGCGGAGGCACAUUCCCACCCUCAGAAAGAACCCACGUCAAAAGCCUAAUAACCCAAGCCAUAAACGCCGGCUACCGCACAAUCGACACAUCCAGAAUCUACCUCACAGAAGACCUAGUCGGAGCAGCGGUGUUAGAAAGCCCGAUCCCCCGCGAAGAAUUCACCAUAAUCACCAAACUAGCACCCUCAGAUGUGACCGAUGUCCGGGGCGCAUUCGAACGAUCCCGCGCCUUAAUCGGCACCUAUAUUGACAUCUACAUCAUGCACUGGCCUCAAGGAUACAACAAAGACGACCCAUCACGUCCACUGUGGCCUGGGGAAAGUCCAACGUAUAUCGAGGUAUACAAACAGAUGCAAGAACUGAUUGGACCGGAGUGUCGUAGUAUUGGGGUGGGAAAUUUCACGAUUCGAACGUUAGAGCCGCUUUUGAGGGAUCCGGGGGUCUUUGUUAGGCCUGUUGUUAAUGAGAUUGAGAUUCAGCCGCGGAAUCCUAAUCUUAUGCUUGUGCCUUAUUGUCUUGAGAAUGGGAUUCGGCCUAUUGCUUGGGGUCCGCUUGCUGGUGGGAUAUCGAGUCAAUACACGAAUACGACGAGUAUCUACAACGAUCCGCUUUUCACAUCAUUGUCGUCGAAAUAUGAUAUUUCAGCCGGGACGGUUAUCCUCUCUUGGCUUGUUCAGCGUGGUGUUAUUGUUGUUCCGCAUUCGAGUUCUCCGGUCCGCCUCGCGCAGAAUAGACAGCUUGCAAAGUUGACUGGAGAUGAAGUGGAGCGAAUUAAUUCUUUCCAUGAGAAGGUUGGGAAGCAGCGGGUUACUGAUGAGGCCUUUUUUGAUUUCGGUUGGAAGGAAACGCCUGGUAAAAGGAGGACGUUUAUGGGUUGGGAUGUGGUUGAUCUUGGGUGGGAGGAUGAGGAGGGGAAUUGGCUGACUUGA